UAUGUCUGAAAGUGGUAGUAAUAGUGUUUCGGAUGAUUAAGAAGAUAAUUAAUAGAAAAAUAUUCAAGAUGAAAUUGUUGAUGGAGAAGAAUUAAAUUAAAAUCAAGUUAAUGCUGCAAAACAAGCAAACUUGGAUAGAGAUAUAAGAAAGUAACACUUUUUUACAAUAAGUAUUAAUUAUAUGCUAUAUUAGAUCCUGAAGAAGAUUUAAAAAUGGUUAAACUAAAAGUAAUUAAUUCUAUAAUUAAAUAAGCAUUAUCCUAAAAGCAGUCAACUAGAUGCAAUUUUUAAUUAAUAUAAAAGAAUUUAGUAAUUAAAGUCUUCUGAAGAUGAAGUAUUUUUAAAAUUAGAGGAUUUACAAUUUUAAAAAGAGAGGAAAUUUACAAUAUCAGAAGUUAGAGCACUUAGAAAGGAGAGGAAUCAUAAAUAUUUUAAAUAUUUAAUUGAAGUUAGAAAAGUAAAAAUAAUGUUAAUAUGAGAAUUUUGUGAAUGAAGAAUUAUUUUCAAAGUUUAGAAAAAAAGUGAAAGUUUUUAGUUUUGAUGAGAAUGCUGCCAAUAAGGAAAAGUAGAAUGAAAAAUCUAUUGAUGAAUCAGUUGAGAAAGAGAGUGAUGUAUUUUCUAAUUAUUCAGAGUUUUAUUGA